GUUAGAAAUCUCAACAACAGAGCCGAAGCGCUGAAGCUAAACAACUUUAGCAGCUUUUGGUCAACAAAUAUUAAUGUAGCAAAAAUACUGCGUAGCAACAAUGAUUCCGUACACUGUCAACAUCAAACUCGCGGCUCGGACUCUGACUGGCACUCUCCAUUUGCAGAAUAAAACCGCUGUAGACUGGGGUUGGCAGGGGCUGAUAGCUCAGGGAUGUCACUCCAGUAUUCUUAUCAUUGAUCCAAAGACGUCUCAGACCAUACAGGUGCUGGAGCGGCACAAAGCCAACGUGGUCAAGGUGAAAUGGUCCAGGGAGAACUACUACCACAACCAGAGCUCUCCCUACUGUCUGCGGCUGGCCUCAGGAGACGCCUCGGGGAAGAUCAUAGUGUGGGAUGUGGUCAGCGGCACCGCCCAUUGUGAGAUCCAGGAGCACUCCAAACCUAUCCAGGACUUGGAGUGGUUAUGGAAUCAGGAUGCGUCUCGUGAUCUACUGUUGGCCAUCCACCCUCCCAACUACAUCGUGCUGUGGAACGGAGACACGGGCACCAAGCUGUGGAAGAAGAGCUACGCUGAGAACAUCCUCUCCUUCUCAUUUGACCCCUUUGACCCCUCCAAUAUGGCAUUGCUGACCAGUGAAGGAAUAGUCUUUAUCACAGACUUCUCCCACUCCAAACCCCCGGGCAGCGCUGGUAAAAAGGUCUACAUCGCCAGCCCCCAUGCAAGCCCCGCCCACACCAAGCCUGCCUCUGCCAUCUCCCUUGCCCCCACAGGCGCCAAGAAGGCCCUCAACAAGGUCAAAGUGCUCAUCACCAAUGAAAAACCCACUGCCGAGGCGGUGACGUUGAACGACUGUCUGCAGCUGUCCUACCUGCCGUCCAAGAGGAACCACAUGCUGCUGCUCUACCCCAGAGAGAUCCUCAUCCUGGACCUGGAGCUCAGCCAGACCGUGGGGGUGGUGGCCAUCGAGCGCUCCGGGGUGCCCUUCGUUCAGGUGAUUCCCUGCGCUCAGCGGGACGCCCUCUACUGUCUCCACGAGAACGGCUGUAUCACCCUCCGAGUGUGUCGCUCCACUACAACCCAAGAGGAAGCAACAGACCCCGAGCAGAGUACCCACGAGCUGGUGUACGACCUGCGUUCUCAGUGCGAUGCCAUCCGCGUCACCAAGACAGUCCGGCCAUAUCGCAUGGUCAUCUGCCCUGUCAACGAGAACAGCGCUGCGCUAAUGGUCAGCGACGGCAGAGCCAUGCUGUGGGAGCUCAAAGCCCACACCGGCAGGGCUGUCACCAAUCAAAGUCUUGAAUAUGUAUCAGUUUAUGCAGACCUGCCCUCAUCUCAUUACCUCUGCCAAGAAGGUCAGACCUUGAUAGCUGGUGAAGCCCUUCCUCCAUCAUCCAUCCAGCAGGAGGUCCAGUUGAAGUUCCUGCUGAGCGGCCUGCUAUCCGGUCUGCCACUGCCACCAUUUGCUCUCCGCAUGUGUCCACCACUAACCACCAAAAACAUCAAUCACUACCAACCCCUGCUGGCUAUAGGCACCAGUAAUGGGUCUGUGCUGGUCUACAACCUGACCAGUGGCCUCCUCCACAAAGAACUCAGUGUCCACUCUUGUGAAGUCAGGGGAAUUGAGUGGCUGAGUCUUACCAGCUUCCUAUCUUUUGCUACUUCUGCACCAAACAACAUGGGCAUGGUGCGGAAUGAACUGCAGCAUGUUGACCUGCUUACUGGACGAGGGCGAAGCAUGACUCUGUCGUUCGUCUGCCCAGGCUGCCAGCCUGGCGGCCAUGUCCGCCUCGGCCGGCGACGGCGAGGCAGCCGCCCCGACCUUCAGCCAUGGACCUGCAGGCCGAUUGUGCCACACGCGUGCACUCCAGCUGGAUUCCCCUGGCCUGAAGCGGCCAGAAGCCUCCGGUCUACGAACGAGGGAAAGAACCUGCCCAAGCCGCGAGCUGAUCCAGGCAACUUCUCCCGCUCCCUCCGAAGCUUGCUGGAACGAGGGGUGCGGUCUCCUGGAGAGACGCCCCUUCCGCGGCAGCAAGGCCCCAAAUCCAGGGAGCCUCCUCUCUGGACUUUGAGGACAUGGAGAAGCUCGCUGUUACUCCGCAUGCUCCUUUAUGGAGCCGCUUGUGCGCCCACUCCAGAACCCGCGGGUUGUCGGCAGCCCCGAGCAGGAACCCCACACUGCGACAUACGGCGGACCGGUUCGUCCGCAAUGACCCUGAACGGCCGUACAAAGCGGGCUGCUUUCGUCCUCAAGGGCGCUGAAUGUCUCCUCCUGCUAACGCGUACCAAGCGGAGCUGUCUCGGCUGUGAGGCCAAGGAGGAGGAUGAAGCUCUCCAGCUUUGCCUCCCUCGGAAAGCCCAGCCGGCCUCCCCCAACGGUCCCUGCGACGGACCUUCUCCCCAGGCUACCCCGCACUCGGCCCUGUUCGAGUCCCGAGGCGGAGAGCCAAGCCCCGCCCCGUGGGUCUCCCCCGAGACACGUAGGCACGGACGAAACUGGCCAAGAAGUCCCCCGACGGUACCAGGCAGCGAGCCACACGGCAGCCGUUCCGCACCCGACUUCUCAGUCACCAGGCAGUACCUGGUGGUUGUGUUCAGAGACAAACCUCUGGAGCUGUGGGACACCAGGACGGGAACGCUUCUCCGGGAGAUGGCUAAGAACUUCCCCACCGUUACUGCACUGGAGUGGUCCCCGUCCCACAACCUGAAGAGCCUGAAGAAGAAGCAGAUGGCAGCGAGGGAGGCCAUGGCUCGGCAGACCGUGUCAGACGCUGAGCAGAGCAUCGUGGAAUCCUCAGUCAUAAGUCUCCUGCAGGACGCAGAGAGCAAGUCAGAGUCCAGUCAGGCCAUCUCAGCCAGGGAGCACUUUGUGUUCACGGACACUGACGGGCAGGUGUACCACAUCACCGUAGAGGGCAACACAGUCAAGGAUGGUGCAAGGAUUCCCCCUGAUGGCAGUAUGGGUAGUAUCGCGUGCAUUGCUUGGAAAGGCGACACCCUGGUGCUCGGGGACGUGGACGGCAAUCUCAACUUCUGGGACCUCAAAGCCCGUUUGUCCAGGGGAAUACCAACACACCGUGGCUGGGUGAAGAAGAUCCGCUUCGCCCCGGGGAAGGGCAACCAGAAGCUGCUGGUGAUGUACACAGAUGGAGCAGAGGUCUGGGACACCAAAGAGGUCCAAAUGGUGAGCAGCAUGCGGAUCGGGCGCAACGUGAACUACCGGGUCCUGGACAUUGAUUGGUGCACGUCAGACAAGGUUGUUCUGGCCUCUGACGAUGGCUGUAUCCGAGUUUUGGAGAUGGCCAUGAAGUCCGCCAGCUACCGCAUGGAUGAACAGGACCUGACCGAUCCAGUGUGGUGUCCUUACUUGCUGGUGCCCCGUGCUGCCCUCACUCUCAAGACCUUCCUCCUGCUGCAGCCCUGGUCAGGAACCUUCACCAUGGACAUCACUCAAGUGCUGUUCGGGGACGAGUCGGAUCUUCACUUCUGGACUGUGGCGUCCCACUACAUCCAGGCGUUCGCUCAGGCUCGUCUGUCCAUCGCAGAGGGGAACACCCAGGGUGAAGGAACCAAGCCACCACCGCCUCAGAACCACCUGGACAUCUGCAAUGACAUCCUGUGUGAGAGCUCUUACUUCCAGAAGUUCCAGUUGGAUCGGGUCCACCUGCAGGAAGUGAAGCGCUCCAGUUAUGAACACACUAAGAAAUGUGCGGACCAGCUCCUCCUGCUGGGUCAGACGGACCGGGCAGUGCAGUUACUGUUGGAGACGAGCGCAGACAACUCCAGCUACUACUGUGAUUCCCUCAAAGCCUGCCUGGUGACCACCAUCACCUCCUCAGGACCCUCUCAGUCCACCAUCAAACUAGUGGCCACCAACAUGAUCGCCAACGGCAAGCUAGCAGGUAGAGUUGCUGCAUGUCUGAAAACAGCUUGCAAACUUCUCCUCUGGGUUUUAAUGAGUAUCUGCAGCAUUCAUUGUGUGGGUGGCAGCAGCCUCAAAAGCUUAUCCUUAACCCCUGUGCCUCAUUGGGCAAGUUUUGGGCUUUUUAAUUGUUUUAUUAAAUAUGGCAUACAUUUUGGCAAGGGUGAGAUUUUCUUUAGUUUUAACUAUUCCGACUCUUAAGGACCCGUAAAAACACUUAUUUUGAGGACAUUCGAGUCAUCCAUUUU